CUGAGUUUAUCGUAAGGGAGUGACGUCACGCUGCCCACAUUGUCGGUUCUUUUUCCUCAUGUUUAACUGAAUUUAGUCUUAUUUAUAGAUACACAGAGGAAGAUGUCCCGAUUCUUUAAAGGUUCUGACUCUGAGUCUGAGAGUUCAUCGUCAGAGGAUGAAAUUAAUAUCCCCCGUGCAGGAACCACUGCAGCAAGACCUGUUGCUUAUGCAUUCAGCGAUGAGGAAGAUGAACCUAAACGUAUUGUACGGAGUGCAAAAGACAAAAGAUUUGAUGAAUUAAGAGAAAUAAUCAAGAAAAUGGGAAAUCAUAAGAAGAUCAAAGAUAUGGCUAGUGUGCUAACAGACUUUGAGGAAUUAGGAAAGGCAUAUGAGAAAGCAAAGAAAGUCAUAGAGAAAGAAAACCAGAUUCCACGCUUCUUCUUGAGGUGUCUGGUGGAACUAGAGGACUUUGUUGCAGAGUGUUGGGAGGACAGGGAGGGGAGGAAACAGAUGAGUAAAAACAACGCCAAAGGUCUGACUACCCUCCGACAGAAAUUGAAGAAGUACAACCGAGACUUCGAAUCUGAUAUUACGUCCUACAGAGAGAACCCAGAUGAAGGAGAAGAGGAGGAAGCAGGAGAUUCUGAGGAUGAGGACUUAGAGGUGGAGGUCCAGGAGGACUUCAGUAAAUCGAGGACCAAAGAGGACACCAAGGCUGCUAAAAAGGUGGCGUAUGAUGACGACGAUGAUGAUGAUGACAGUGAGUGGGACAUGAGUUCUGACAGCUCCAGCUCUGAGAGUGACGGUGGGGAGGGACCAGGUACAACUGUCUACACAGCCGCCAUGUUCUUAAAGAAGCAACCAGGAGAGGAUAAAAAAGAGAAAAAAGAAAAGAAAGAGAAGAAAGUCAAGAGGAGGAAAGAGGAAGAUGAAGAAGGGGAAUGGGAAGAGGUCACCAAGGGGGCACCUAUGAUCAAGGAAGCACCCAAAAUGUUUGCAAAGGACACAGAAGUAAACCAUGAAGCUGUCAUGAAGAAAUUGAAUGAGAUUAUUUCUGCCAGAGGAAAGAAGGGGACAGAUAGAAAUGAACAGAUUGCACUGUUACAAGAACUGCAAAGCAUUGCUGAUGCUAAUAAUCUUGGCCCAGCCAUUUCAAUGAAAAUUAUGUUCCACAUUAUCUCAGCCAUUUAUGAUUACAACCCUAACAUUGCCACCUGUAUGAGAACUGAGAUGUGGGAAAAAUGUUUGAACACUGUUAGCCAGUUGCUAGACAUGGUGGAAGCUAACUCUGAUAUUGUCAUUGGAGAAAAUGUGCUGGAAGAAAGUGAAAAUGUCACAACUCCCCCAUACAGAAUCCGGGGCUGUGUUUUAACAGUGGUGGAGAGAAUGGAUGAAGAAUUCACCAAAAUGUUACAAGCCUGUGAUGCACACAGCACAGAAUAUGUGGAUAGGUUAAAAGAUGAAAAAGCAGUAUGUGACAUACUAGAUCGCCUGCAAGCCUACACUGUACCUAGAGGUACCACAGAGGAAAUUUGUCGGGUUUAUCUCAGAAGAAUAGAACACAUGUAUUACAAGUUUGAUCCUGAAGCAUAUGAUAAUCCACAGGCUGAGAAUAAAACGUUUCAGGAAAUGGAGGAGAUGUGUAAGUUUAUUUAUGCUAAGGAUCUGACGGACCGACUCCGCACACGUUCCAUGCUGUGUCAGAUUUACCACCAAGCUCUCCACGAUCGAUGGUACGAGGCCCGAGACCUAAUGCUGAUGUCACAUCUACAGGACACGAUCCAACACUCAGAUGUCCCCACUCAGAUUCUAUACAACAGAACAAUGGUGCAAUUAGGACUGUGUGCUUUUAGGAAAGGAAUGAUCAGAGAUGCUCACAAUGCUUUAGUGGACAUUCAGAGUGGUGGUCGAGCCAAGGAGCUGUUAGCACAGGGUCUCUUGCUCCAACGUCAACACGAGAGAACUCCAGAACAGGAGAAGAUAGAGAAACGCCGUCUCCUGCCAUACCACAUGCACAUCAACUUGGAAUUACUGGAAUGUGUCUACCUUGUGUCAGCCAUGUUGAUUGAAGUACCCUACAUGGCAGCCCAUGAAAUGGAUGCCAGAAGAAGGAUGAUCAGUAAGAACUUCCACCACGUGAUGAGGAUGAGUGAGCGCCAGGCUCUGACCGGCCCCCCAGAGAGUAUGAGGGAGCAUGUAGUGGCCGCCUCCAAAGCCAUGAAGACUGGGGACUGGAAGGCCUGCAAGAACUUCAUCCUCAACGAGAAAAUGAAUGCUAAAGUUUGGGAGCUCUUCUAUAAGAGUGAGACAGUACAGGAGAUGGUGACUGGUAAGAUACAGGAGGAGAGUCUGAGGACGUACCUGUUUACCUACAGCAGUGUGUACGACUCCCUCUGUCUACACACACUCUCAGACAUGUUUGAAUUGGACAAAGGAAUCGUGCACUCCAUCAUGAGUAAAAUGAUCAUCAAUGAAGAACUCAUGGCCUCUCUGGAUGAGCCCACUCAGACGGUCAUCAUGCACCGUACCGAGCCCACUCGCCUCCAGUCCCUGGCCCUCCAGCUCUCCGAGAAGGUGUCCUCCCUUGUAGACAAUAACGAGAGGAUCAUGGAGCUCAAGCAGGGCAAUCUCUUCUACCAGAAGUCAGGGGGAAACAAGAUCGUUUCCAGAGUAAUUACCAGCAAAACCGUUCUCAAAAUUGGCAGGACAGAAGAAAUCAGCGUCAGAAUUAUUCACAAGAAAGCCAUAGCUGGUAGUUUAAGCCUUUGUACCACUGUCGAAUUCAGAGCUUCAGAUGUCAAUGAAGUCACUCUAGCUUUUUCUAAUUUGGACAUUAAAGAGAAGAUUGAUUCUUCAGAUCUCAACAAAUUGGAGAGCUCUUUGACAGGUCAACAAGUUGAUGAACCAACAAUACCACCUGAAGAUGUAAAGAGUUCAUUGAAAUGCCUACAGCUGAAUGAUGAUACAUUGGAGUCAUCUUUGAAACAACUCACAAUAUUUACCACAAUUUCUUUGUUUUGCUCCUUGAGGAAAAUCUCGGGGAAACAGACUGGAGUACAUAUUGUUGGUCAUUCGGAUCUUCCAAUUGGAGCAGGAUUAGGAUCUUCUGCCAGCUUUUCAGCUUGUUUGUCAGCUGGAUUUUUAACUCUUUUUGGAUUUGUACAGAAACCAGAAAUUGUAGGAAAUGGACCUAUGGGAUUCUGGUCAAAACAAGAUUUAGAAUUAAUCAAUAAAUGGGCUUACUUUGGAGAGAGAAUUAUACAUGGGACUCCAUCAGGAGUAGAUAACUCUGUGGCAACAUUUGGUGGGGCUAUUCAUUUUCAAAAAGGAACCAUUACACCUUUACAGUCCAUUCCACAUAUGAGAAUUCUUUUGAUCAAUACAAAAAUUUCUCGGUCUACAAAAAAAUUAGUUGGAUUGGUCAGAGAAAGAAAAGAAAAAAAUCCUGAGAUCUUUGAGCCAAUUCUACAGUCCAUGGAUGAACUGACAAAUGCAGUGAUCAAGACUUAUGGUGAAAUUUCUAACAGCAAGGACAACCUCAACUCAUUACCUUAUUCUGAUUUAGAGGGCCUUGUAGAUGUUAACCAGCACCUCCUACAGGCCCUGGGGGUCAGUCAUCCUGCCCUAGAUGACAUUUGUCUGACCUGCCUUAGGUCAGGGUUCCAUGCCAAGCUGACGGGGGCUGGUGGAGGAGGGUGUGCUUACUGUGUUAUCAGGCCAGGUGUUUCUGAGGAUGCUGUCGAGGCGAUAAAAUUAGAAAUGAAGAAAAGAGACUACGAGUGUUUGGAAUGUACGCUAGGUGGAGCUGGUGUAGCACUGAAGUCGCCAAGAUGAGUGACGAUUGUGAAUGGUGUAAAAGAGGUCAUGCAAAGAAACGCUGAAUCCUGAGACACAAAACUGCUCAUUGUUUCAUGCAAACGGUUCGGUAACUGUAAAUAAAUUUGAAUCGUUACCAUCAUGGGCACUAAAACAGUUAUAGACGAAACACCCCUUUGUCCUUAUAAGGAGAAAUGGCCAAUUUUAGUUUUGGGG